AUGCCUCCUCCAUUUAGCGAGGCCUUCAGGGCCAAGAUCAAGCGAGACUUGGAGGAGGGCAAAGAUGAUAUGGCCAUCCGUGCAGCACAUAACAUCUCAGCGCGCAAGAUAAGGGCGAUGCGUCAGCUAUGGAACGAGAAGGGUGAAGUCUGGAUCCACGUUCGCAAGGAAGGCAGUGGACGAAAACCAAAGAUCAAGGAUGAGCAUGUUGAAGAGCUUAAGAAGCUCAUUGCUGAGAAUCCGGAUGUUUACGUCAGAGACAUGACCAAAUUUUUACAAGCACGAUGUGGUCUGCAGGUAGAUGAGACAACAGUGUGGCGUGCAGUACAAAAGCAUAAUCUGGCAGCGCAGCGAAGACCACGACCUAAACCGAGGGACGCGCAAGGACUGUGGCUACCAAAUGCAGACCAGGAUGGAGACGGCGACAUAUCACUUCGAUACGGUACACAUGAGGCCCGUGAUAGCCAGGAGACCACUCCAGCGACCCCAAACCCUCCCAAGACUCCCACCAGCACGCCGAGAGCGAAAAAGCCGAAGCCAAAUGCAGCAGAAAAAUUAGUAGAAAGAGCUCGAGACUACGCCAAACGGCACAUGUCCAGCGCAAGGUUCGAUGGCAGUCACGACUGGGGUCAUGUCGAGCGCAUGACCAAGAUGGCCAAUCACCUACUCGAGUGCGAACAAGCAGCGCACCCAAAUAUCAUCUACGACUCGCUCCUCCUAGAGGUAGCAGCACUGAUGCACGACAUCGAAGACCAUAAAUACACCGCUCCUCCUCCUCCUCCUCAACCACAACAACAGAAUGGCUACCACCCCCAACCGCACGCCCACCCUUCUGUACCUCCCAAUCCCCAGACCCCGCAACCACCCUCGUACCCCUGGCCCUCGCAAAUGCCGCCACCGACACCUUCACCCCCCUCCCCUCCGCAGUCUACACCUCACCACCACCCCGGCGCCCCAACUCGCAACAUCCCCCCCAACAACCCUAUCCUCGCCGCGCAACAAUCAGCCCUCCACGCGCACCUCAAAGCCAUCCGCGCGCCCAAUCACCUCAUCCACGUCCUCACAACCCUGAUCCCGUGCAUAUCGCACUCGUUCUCGCAAUCCCACCCCGCGCUGGCUGCCUCAACGGCUGUAUCGCACCCUGAGCUCCACAUCCUGCAAGACGCAGACCGGCUCGAUGCCCUGGGCGGCGUAGGUAUUGCCCGUGCUUUCAUGUUUGCCGGGGCGAGGGUGAGAGGACCAAUACCACCUCCUCCUUCAUACACACAACAGGGUAUGCAGACUGGGAUACAGCACGGAGGAGGUGGUGGCAGUACGCAAGCAUGGGAGAAAGAACAGCAGAAAUGGCUUUCCACAGGCGGCGUGAUGGGCGAGACACUGCGCCAUUUCGAAGAGAAGAUCGAUAGGCUUGAAGUCCUGAUGUGGACGCCUGAGGCGAAACGGAUCGCGAGGGAGCGGACGGGGAGGUUGGAGGUGUUUAAGGGCUGGUUGAGGGGUGAAAUGGGGACGGGGGAUUUUGGGGAAGUGGUGGGUAGAGAAGAAAGAGGAGGUGGAAAUGGAGGAGGCGUUGACAGUGAUGAGGAGAUGGACGUCGAGAAUAUGCAUGAGGGAUACCACGCGCAGCAUACAGAGGGAGCCAGAGGCGAAGGACAGACCGCGACCGGUGGAGGAGCAGCUGAGGUAGCGAGAAUGCACCCGCAGCUGAGGCAGGAACAGGACAGGCGUGAUCGAGACAUCGAUCCCGGAUUGCAGCUUCUGGUCGAGAUGUACGGCUCGAGAUGA